GUUAAUUAGACUUCGAUAAAACUAUAGAAGUAUUUCGUGUCAUCCUCAAUUACCCUACAUGUGUACUGCUAAUAUUAGCAUGCUAAGUCGCUAAAAUAAGCAAAAUGAAUACAGUAAAGACAGAGAGACAGUAACUUCGUCCUGGGGAACGCCCAGGUCCAGUCCCUCUAUCCCAUAGUCUACUGCUCCGAUGGCUUCUGUGAACUCACCGGCUUCGCCCGUGGCGAGCUCAUGCAGAAGAGCUGCAUGUGCCACUUCCUGUAUGGCAGCGAGACCAGCGACCCCCUCACCUCGCAGAUGCAGAAAGCUCUGGAUGAACGUCGGGAGUUCAAGACUGAGAUCAUUCUCUACAAGAAGAGUGGCUCCAAGUUCUGGUGUCUAUUGGACAUUGUGCCCAUAAAGAACGAGAAGAGCGAGGUGGUUCUUUUUUUGGUCUCACACAAGGACAUCACAGAAAAUAAGGACCAGGACCAUGGCAAUGAAGAUGACACUGGUGAGAGAAAGCAUGAAAAAGAAAAUGAGGAAACCGGCCUGGAGAUCCGUCAGAUCAGCCGCCCUCCAAGCUUCAACACGGAGCGCCGCCGAAGUCGCGCCGUCCUCUACCAGCUGUCUGGACACCUACAGAAACAGGACAAAACUAAGAGCAAGCUGAAGAUCAACAAUAGUGUUCUUGGAGCCAAUGAGAACCCGGUCCCAGAGUACAAGGUGGCGGACAUCCAGAGGUCCCGCUCCAUCCUCCUUCACUACGGUGCGUUCAAGGCCGGCUGGGACUGGCUCAUCUUGUUGGCCACCUUCUACGUCGCCGUCACCGUUCCCUAUAACGUCUGCUUCACUGCGGUGGAGAUACGAGAGGACGGCGCGUCGGCAGCACGUAACCCCCCGAGUGUCAGCGAUAUCUUGGUGGAGAUACUUUUUAUCAUCGAUAUCGUGCUGAACUUCCGCACCACCUUCGUCAGCACGUCUGGUCAGGUCGUGUACGACUCCCGCUGCAUCUGCAUCCACUACGUCACCUCCUGGCUGUUUGUGGACCUGAUCGCCGCCUUGCCCUUUGACCUGCUCUACGCCUUCAAUAUCAGUGUGAACUUCGGCGUUCACCUGCUGAAGACGGUGCGCCUCCUCCGCCUCUUGCGCCUCCUACAGAAGCUGGAUCGUUACUCCCAGUACAGCGCCGUGGUCCUCACCCUGCUCAUGUCCACGUUCGCCCUGCUGGGCCACUGGAUGGCCUGCGUCUGGUACUUCAUCGGACGCAGUGAGAUCGAGAGCAACAGCCCCGCCUCCUGGGACAUAGGCUGGCUCCAUGAACUUGCCAAACGCUUGGGAACGCCAUACUUCCUGGCACCGCUGACCUCCCUGUUGGGAGUCUCUGAUACUCCCCAAGGCGCCGUGACGGCAGCGCUGACCAAUUACAGCCAGUGGAACGUCUCGGGCUCGGAGCCGCUGAAUGGGGCGGGCUUGCUGGGGUCGGGCCAAUGGAACGGCAGCAGAACCAGAGCGAGGACGCCCAGCGGCUCGGGGACGACACUCAGCGGGGGUCCAUCUGUCAGGAGCUCCUAUGUGACGUCACUGUACUUCGCUCUGAGCAGUCUGACCAGUGUGGGCUUCGGCAACGUUUCAGCCAACACAGACUCCGAGAAGAUCUUCUCCAUCUGCACCAUGCUGAUUGGAGCGUUAAUGCACGCCGUGGUGUUUGGUAAUGUGACCGCCAUCAUCCAGAGGAUGUACUCCCGCCGCUCCCUCUACCAGACACGCACGAAGGACCUGAAGGACUUCAUCCGGGUGCACCGGCUGCCCAAGACCCUCGAGCAACGCAUGAUGGAAUGUUUCCAGACGACCUGGUCUGUUAACAACGGUAUCGACGUCAGCGAGCUGCUGAAGGACUUCCCCGAUGAGCUGAGGGCCGACAUCGCCAUGCACCUGAAUAACGAGCUGCUGCAGCUGCCGCUCUUUGAGUCGGCCAGCAGGGGGUGUCUGCGCUCCCUCUCCCUCAUCAUCAAGACCUCCUUUUGCGCUCCAGGGGAGUUCCUCAUACGCCAGGGUGACGCCCUCCAGGCUAUCUACUUCGUGUGCUCUGGCUCCAUGGAAGUACUGAAGGACAACACUGUGCUCGCCAUUCUGGGUCGGGGCGACCUGAUUGGCUCCGACUGUCUGACCCAGGAGGAAGUGAUUAAGACCAACGCCUGCGUGAAGGCCUUGACCUACUGUGACCUGCAGUACAUCAGCCUGAAAGGCCUCCGCGAGGUGCUCUGCCUCUACCCUGACUACGCCCAGAAGUUCAUCACUGAGAUCCAGCAUGACCUGACGUACAACCUGCGGGAGGGACACAACACUGAGGCGGACUGCGAGAGCAACGGAGGGAUCCUGAAGAAGCUUCCAUCCAUCAAAGAGGACGAGGAGGGAUCAGAGAGCGAGCACUCCCCUCUCCCCAAGAUGCCUCCCCUGGGCAGGCUGGGCCGAGGCCUGCGCUCCCCCCUGCGCUCCCCUCUACGCUCCCCGCUGCUGCCGGCGAGAACCUUCAGACCGACGAGCGAUCCCCCCCGACCCACCAGCCUGCAGAUCCCCAUGGUGAACUUCAGCUGCCUGCAGCCGGAACUCAGCCCUCGGUAUGUGGACGGGAUCGAGACAGAAAACCAGAGGGGUUCAGCCCGGAAGUUCGAUUUUUCUCCCAGUGCAACUCAGAGUUUCCUGCCCAGCCCUGAUUCAGCUGCUUUAGGACUCCAUGAUGAGGCUGACACCAUGCAGACUAUUGCUAAGCUGAAACAUGAGAUGAGCGUCCUCUCCCGUCAGGUGACAGCUGUCAGUCAGGAGCUGCAGGAAAUGACGUGUCUUCUCAAACCGCUCUUCCGUAACCCCUCCGCGCUGCUGCUGCCCAGCACUGUGACUCCGCCUCCCAGCGUGUCAUUACACGGCUGCUCCUCAGCCCCACCCGUUCUGAUCCAACGUGCACCUGUGGACUGUUCGGACAAUCCUCUAACCGAACCUCAGCCGAGCAUGACGACAGUGUUACAAGGAGAGUUUGAUCCGCUUCAGUGUGCACCCAUCACCUCCCAUAAUCCUCCAGUUCCUCAUCAUUGCUCAGCUCCCCCGUCUCUCAACAGCUCUCCCCACGAGCACACAGUGGUGCCACAUCCCUGCUCCUCCAACCCCUCUCUUUCUUCAUCCAUCACUCCCCUUUUGGUGGACUUAUCAGGUCCUGAUAGUGAGCAGCAUCAAUCACACCUCCUGUCCCAGCCCGAGUCCCAGCUCAUAUCCCGCUUCUAUCCCCAUUCCCUCUCCCAGCCUCCGCUCCAGCCCUCCAGCAUGACCUCACACCCCCGGGACGCCCUCCUGCAGGAGGCGGAGUGGGGCGAGCACACCGCCCAGCUCAGCUUCAUCAAUGAAGCUCAGCCCUCGGUGUGACACACAGGACCGACGGACAGGACCGACCAGCAUGCUGCACACAACUUACUGCAUGACAAACAUUUGUCCAAAGUUUGGCAUGUGAGUUAAGAUGUAAAUACAUCGAUUUACAACUGUUCCAUGAGCACCAGCUGUACGCAGAUGUGAUAAUAAAAUAGUUUGUUUUACAGUU